CUCCCACUGGAUGUUACUAACAGCAGUGUUAGCUAGUGCUGCAGAGCUACAGAAGGGUGUGGAGCAGCAGCCUAACACCGCUGAGUGAGCCGACUGUAAAAGUAAAAGUGAGAACGAGAAAAUGGAGACGAAGACAAUAACAGUUUGGAUACUUGGUUUGUUCCAGCUGAUUUUAAGCAGUGUUUUAGAGACUUCUAACAGUUUUGUGGAGAGUUUGGAAUCAACACAGAGUUAUGACUACUCCAAAUAUCACUCCAUGGAUGAGAUAUACAGGUGGAUGCAAGAUGUGGAGCGAGGGAACCCAGAGCUGGUCUCCUCUGCUGUCUACGGACACACUUAUGAAGGGAGAAACAUCACACUGCUGAAGUUGGGACUAGAAGACCCAGAGGGCAGAGAGAAGAAGGUUAUAUGGGUGGACUGUGGUAUCCAUGCUCGGGAGUGGAUCGCUCCUGCCUUCUGCCAGUGGUUUGUCAAAGAGAUUGUGAACUCCUACAAAACCAAUAAGAAGCUGGAGCAGAUGCUGCAGAACCUUGACGUCUAUGUUACUCCUGUGAUCAAUGUGGACGGAUACAUAUUCACCUGGGCCAAUGACAGCACUCGACUGUGGAGAAAGUCUCGUUCAACCCCUCCUGCAGGGAGUAGCUGUUAUGGUGUUGAUCUCAACAGAAAUUUUAAUGCCAACUGGGGAAUGGUUGGUGUGUCAUUUGACAGUUGUGCUAACAACUACGGUGGGAAAUCACCAGGGUCAGAGCCAGAGGCUAAGGCUGUGAUGGACUUUGUUGGUAGGAUGGUUAACCAGACACUGUGUUUCCUCACCAUCCACUCUGCUGGCCAACUCAUACUCAUGCCAUAUGGCCACCCUGAGAUCUCUGCACCCAACUAUGAUGAACUGGUUUCAGUCGGCGAGGCAGCAGCAGUAAAAAUGAAGAAAGUCCAUGGAAUGGGUUACACUGUAGGAACAUCUCCACAGAUCCUCUAUCCAAACACAGGCUCUAGCCGUGACUGGGCUCGUCUCAUUGGCAUCCCAUUUUCUUACACCUUUGAGCUGAGAGACAAAGGUGAGUUCAGCCACUUGCUUCCAGAGGAGCAGAUCCAGCCGGCCUGCGAGGAGGCCUACGCAGGAGCUCUCUCCAUCAUCACGUAUGUUCAUGAGAAGACCUUCAACAGCAGUACCCUUCCCAACGCUUCUGUUUUUAGGGUCGCUAUGAUGAUUUGGAGCACUGUCAUGGCUGUGUCUCUCACCACAGGGGUCAUGAUGUAAGAUAGUGAAAACAUCAAGCAUACAAGGUUGAACCACACAUAGAUACAAGGAGACACUUACUACUGACAUACUAAUGGUGUAAAUCCCCUUAAAAAAGGCCAGCAAUGAUGCAUUUUAGCAAAGUAGAGUGGACAGACUUAAAAACAGCUUCAUUAGAGCAACAUGAUGUGGUUUUGUUCCUGCAUUCUGCAGCAGGGGGCAGUGUCACCCCAUCUUCCACGCAGGCUUCACAAGGCCAGACAUAUUUUAUAACUUCAUUCUUUCUUUAGCUACGUCAUGUGGUCUAGGCAAGCUUUUCAUGCAUUAUAGUUAUCUAUGAGCUUUGUCGUCACAUCUGAUUCUCUUCAAUUCCAUCACAAAGUCAGAAAAACACACAUUUUGUUUGUCUGA